AUGGCCACUGAAACCUUUGUCCUCUACCAAUACACCCCUAGCUUGAUUUGCGCGGUAUUGUUUGCUGUACUCUUCGGCUUGUCCACUAUUUUCCAUUUAUACCAGCGUGUCCAAACACACGCCCAAUACUUCAAUCCUUUUAUCGUUGGAGGAAUCUUUCAAAUUAUUGGCUAUGGAGCUCGCGCAGUCUCUCAUUUUCACCCGACAAGUACCACAGUUUACGCCAUGCAAAGUCUCUUUAUUCUGCUAGCGCCGAUUCUUUACGCCGCAUCUAUCUAUAGAGUGCUUGGACGAGUCAUCACUUUCCUUCACGGUGAACAUCUGAGCUAUGUCUCCGUCAGAUGGAUGACCAGAAUCUUCGUUGGAGGAGAUAUUCUAUCUUUCAUCAUUCAAGGUGCAGGUGGUGGUAUCAUGACACAGGGAACCUCCAACUUUGCCACUAUUGGCUCCUGGGUUAUCGUUGGUGGCCUUAUUGUGCAGCUGUUGUCAUUUGGAGCAUUCCUCAUCACAUCGCUUAUUUUCCACUGGAAGAUCAUUCAAAGCCCCACUAUCGAGAGCCAGCGAUCGAAGAGUGCUUGGACAUUCUUCAUGCCACGCGACUGGAGAGGACUUCUUUUUGCAUGCUAUGUUGUUAGCGUGUUGAUUCUUGUACGAUCUGUUUACCGCGUUGCUGAGUUUGUACAGGGCAAUGAUGGGUAUCUGAUUGGGCAUGAGGUCUUCUUGUAUGUCUUUGAUGCUGCUCUCAUGGUCUUGGUUAUGCUCAUGAUGAAUGUGAUGCAUCCAUCUGUUGUUCUGCAGAAGAAGGAGGAGCCCAUUGAUGAGGCAAAGAAUGUCAGAUGGACCUCCGAUUCUUUGGAGCAGGCGGUUUGA